CGGCUGUUCCAUAACGGUGAGGUGGACCCAAAAGGUGCGAGGAAGAAAACACGCGAGGAGAGUUCCGUGUGGAUCAUCACGGUUGUACCGCAAGAACUGCGGUGCUGUUAACCCCCUUUAAAACGCUCAGACAUGAACGGUGCUACGGAAGUCACCAGGAGGCGGGUCCAAAAUGGCAGCCACGGCGGGUCGGCGGCUGAAAAGACUACAGAACCCGCGCAGUGGGGGAGAGCCUGGGAGGUGGAUUGGUUCUCCCUGCUAAGCGUGGUAGCGCUGCUGUGCUUCGCGCCGUUCAUCGUCUUUUUCUUCGUCAUGGCCUGCGACCAGUACCAGUGUUCCGUCACGCAACCCUUCCUGGAGCUCUACAGCGGCGAGAGCACCCUGUUCUCCAUCUGGGCCCGGGUACCCUUCGUCACUUGGUCGGCAGUAAAGAUCUACGCAGUAUGGGUCGUCUUCCAGGUGGUGUUAUACAUGUGCGUGCCCGACAUCCUGCACAAAGUCCUCCCCGGUUACGUCGGAGGAGUCCAGGAAGGCGCUCGAACCCCCGCAGGCCUCAUCAACAAGUACGAGAUCAACGGGCUGCAGUGCUGGCUCAUCACGCAUGUACUGUGGCUGGCUAACGCCCGCUACUUUCUAUGGUUCUCGCCCACAAUCAUCUUCGACAACUGGAUCCCGCUCAUGUGGUGCGCUAACGUGCUGGGUUACGCCGUAGCCACCUUCGCCUUCGUGAAGGCCUACUGGUUCCCCACCAACCCGCAGGACUGUAAGUUCACGGGGAACAUCUUCUACAACUACAUGAUGGGCAUCGAGUUCAACCCGCGCGUGGGCGAGUGGUUCGACUUUAAGCUGUUUUUCAACGGGCGCCCUGGCAUCGUGGCUUGGACGCUCAUCAACCUUUCUUACAUGGCCAAGCAGCAGGAACUUUAUGGACACAUCAGCAACUCCAUGGUUUUGGUUAAUGUCCUGCAGGCUAUCUACGUGUUGGAUUUCUUCUGGAACGAGGCAUGGUACCUUAAGACCAUCGACAUUUGCCACGACCACUUCGGCUGGUACCUGGGCUGGGGGGACUGCGUUUGGCUGCCGUACCUCUACACGCUACAGGGUCUUUACCUGGUGUACCACCCGGUGCAGUUGGCCCCGAUUCACGCUCUGGCCGUGCUCCUGCUGGGCUUGACGGGCUACUACAUCUUCCGCGCCACUAACCAGCAGAAGGACCUGUUCCGCCGCACCGAGGGCGCCUGCACCAUCUGGGGUCGGCCCCCUUCCUACAUCGAGUGCUCGUACCGCUCGGCCGACGGCGGCGCGCACCGCAGCAAGCUCCUCACGUCAGGUUUCUGGGGCGUGGCCCGACACUUUAACUACACGGGCGACUUGAUGGGAUCGCUGGCGUACUGCGCCGCCUGCGGAUUCGGACACCUUCUGCCGUACUUCUACAUCGUCUACAUGAGCAUCCUGCUGGUGCACCGCUGCGUGCGAGAUGAGCACAGGUGCGGAAGCAAGUACGGCGCCGACUGGAAGCGCUACACGGACGCCGUCCCUCACCGACUCCUGCCCGGGAUCUUUUAGACCGGGCGGGUGCUUGUUCUUGAAAUUUCCAUUCCUUGAAUCGCUUAAAUUUCAAUCCAAUACUACUCUUUGAAAGACCAAAUGUUUUGUUGCCCUACAAAACUUUGAAGCUACAACAUUCCAAUCUCACAAGAGACCAAACAAGUUCUUGCCACAUUGUUGGAGUUCCUGAAAUGAUACUCCAAGUCAAAUCUUGCAAAGAUGACGUCUGCCGUUAAAAUACAUGAUGUUUUUCAAUUAAAGACUUAUUUUUUUG